CCUGCGGAGGCCGUACCUAGGCGUGAAGAGCAGGAGGAGGAGGAGGAAGGGCAUGACCCGCGUCUGAGGAAUCCGUACUCCAGCCUUUACACGUAAGGGUGGCCCCGGGUGGGGUGAAGCGCCCCGUCUCUGUCCUUGUCACCCACCCUCGUGUGGGCCCCCGGCUGCAGGAUGAACUGUCGCUCAGAGGUGCUGGAGGUGUCAGUGGAGGGGCGGCAGGUGGAGGAGGCCAUGCUGGCAGUGCUGCACACGGUGCUCCUGCACCGCAGCACGGGCAAGUUCCACUACAAGAAGGAGGGCACCUACUCCAUCGGCACCGUGGGCACCCAGGAUGUUGACUGUGACUUCAUUGACUUCACCUACGUGCGUGUCUCCUCAGAGGAGCUGGACCGUGCCCUGCGCAAGGUCGUCGGGGAAUUCAAGGAUGCACUGCGCAACUCUGGCGGCGACGGGCUGGGGCAGAUGUCCUUGGAGUUCUACCAGAAGAAGAAGUCCCGCUGGCCCUUCUCAGACGAGUGCAUCCCGUGGGAAGUGUGGACGGUCAAGGUGCAUGUGGUGGCCCUGGCCACGGAGCAGGAGCGCCAGAUCUGCCGGGAGAAGGUGGGCGAGAAGCUGUGCGAGAAGAUCAUCAACAUCGUGGAGGUGAUGAGCCGGCACGAGUACCUGCCCAAGAUGCCCACACAGUCGGAGGUGGACAACGUGUUCGACACGGGCCUGCGGGACGUGCAGCCCUACCUCUACAAGAUCUCCUUCCAGAUCACCGAUGCCCUGGGCACCUCGGUCACUACGACCAUGCGCAGGCUCAUCAAGGACACCCUGGCCCUCUGAGCCCCGUGGGGCCUUGGGAGCUUCCUGCGGGCUCCCGGCCGUGGCUUCUGGGAUUGUGCUGUGAGGCCCUUGGGGCUCUGAAAAACCCUGGGCCUGGGGGAGACUCCGAGGGGGCAGCCCUGGCUUCCUUGUUUCACGGUCGCCGGGCUCUGGGCAUCCCCUUAGCCUUUGCUGUCGGUCAGGCCCUGCCUCACUGUCUCUCCACACCCCUUCUGGGUGCCCUCCUUCAUGCUGUACAGAAGAUGCUAGGACGGGGAAUAAAGUUGGGAAUGUGAGCUUGGG